AUGACCCUCAUCAAACAAACCAAGAUCAACAACCUCACCAUCUUCUACCGCGAAUCCAGCGACCCAACCUGCCCAACCAACAAAACCCUCCUCCUCCUGCACGGCUUCCCCAGCUCCUCCCACCAAUACCGAAGCCUCAUCCCCCUUCUGUCCAAACACUAUCGCGUCAUCGCACCAGAUCUCCCAGGAUUCGGGUUCACCACCGUCCCGGAUGACUAUGAGUAUACAUUCGAGAACAUCACCAACACGGCGAGCGCGUUUCUGAACGCACUGCAGAUUGACAAAUGCGCCGUGUACAUAUUCGACUAUGGGGCGCCGAUUGCGCUCCGUCUGGCCCUGCAACGUCCGACUUUGUUCACCGGAAUAAUCAGCCAGAACGGGAAUGCGUACGAAGAGGGUCUAGGCGGGUUCUGGGAUCCAGUCAAGAAGUACUGGGAGAGUAACAGUGGAGAGGACAGAGAGGCUCUACGAUCUGUGUUGAGUUUUGAGACGACCAAGGCGCAGUAUCUGACUGGAACGAAGAAUCCAGAGGUUAUCCCGCCUGAGACGUACUGGUUGGAUUAUUCGUUGCUGUGUCGGGAUCGGAAUGCAGAUAUCCAGCUUGAUCUGUUUAGGGAUUACGAGGAGAACGUGAAGCUGUAUCCGAAGUUUCAGGAAUAUCUGCGUGAAUCGCAGAUUCCACUGUUGGCAGCCUGGGGGAAGAAUGAUCCUAUCUUCAUUCCUGCUGGUGCGGAGGCGUUUAAAAAGGACUUGCCAAAUGCUGAGGUUCAUCUCAUCGAUGCAGGCCAUUUUGCUCUCGAGAGUAAUCUCAACGACAUCGCGGGACUAGUUAUGACAUUCCUAGAAAGAAAAGUCAAAUAA